AUGGCCAUAGUAUUCACUCUUCACCUGGCUAUGAAAUUCUCGUCUGAUAGAGACAGAAUUAUCACAGUCCAUGCAGAUCAGAAGCUGGCUAGAGAAUGUUAUUUUGCAAGUAUGCGUUUAAAACCCUUCCCUGGGCCAAGCCGAGAUGUCAACAUCGUAUCAGAAGUAGAACUAGAUGUAGAACUUGACCCAAGAAUAGAUGAGGGAUUUUGGGUUGAACCCAGUGAAGAUAAGAAACCCUUUCAACUAGGGAAAAAAUCGAAACAGACCACAUACCUCAGAACAGGCCUAUCCUUGAAUAAACAGCAAGCACUUCAAAAGAUUCGGAUGUACCCACCUGAUGAAGGAAAAACAGCUUUCAUUACUGAUACGUCAGCUUCCCUUGGCGAUCACAUAACUCAUCUGAUUAAAGUUUUUAUUGAAGCACAACGUUAUGGGAUGCGAUUCGAUCUAGAAAAAUAUAUGUUUGGGAUAGCCAAAGGAAAAUUCUUGGGCUUUAUGCUAUCCGAACGAGGAAUUCAAGCUAACCCUGACAAGUGUCAGGCAGUUGUAGAUAUGCGCAGUCCCGAUAAUACUAAGGAAGUACAACGGUUAACUGGCCGAAUAGCUGCAUUAUCUAGGUUUCUUCCAAGAAUUGCUGAAAAACCCGACCUUUCUCGGAUCUAUUAA